AUGUUUAGAUCCCAAAUCAUAGUUCUCAAAUUCUGGUUGAUUUUUUGUGACUCUUGAAGCUACAAAUACAGGUAUCUUCAGCUGAAGAAGCUAGAAGACGCCUUCCCCAGACAGCUGGAUGUCAGUUGUGAGGGGACAUCCUAGGCUACUUAAUUCUUUGAAGUGAUAGUAAAAGAGGCUAAGGAUACCUUAUGA